GGUCCGAUUCCAGUUUCAGCUCCAGCAUCGAUUGCCGCGUUGCCACCUCCACCAGUUGCACCUCAGUUUGCAGCGUCAGCGGCUCCGGCUGUAAAAGCUGAACCAGCGCGACGUAUUGACUUCCAUGAUUACAAGCUACGAAACAGUGCAGCGCCCAGUUCAUCUCAAAAUGCGCCAUCACACAAUCCGCAACGCCACAAUUUCAUGCUGCCGGAUGUGCUGCCGCAAACUGCCAGCAAAGAGUUCGAAUUGCCUCCUCUUCCAAUUAUUGCAAAUGAGAAACAAAAACAAAGCAAGACUGAACACACCACGACGAAAUCCGGUGAAUCUUCAAAAUUCCCACCAGCACAUCCGUCGAAAUCAGCAGCUGCUCCAAAAUCAACGAACUUACCAAAAUCGGUUCCAAAUUCAGCAAAAUUGCCACCGUCUAAUAACAGGCAGCAGCAAUCUAUCGCAUCUGGAGAGCACGAUCGGCACAAAAGGCCUAGGCUGGAUGACAGCUACGAAAGAGAAAUGAAAUAUCGAAAAGUCGAGAAAACGGGUACUGAAGGAUCUCAUCAUCGCAAGAAAUUGCUUGAGAGUAACGUCUCAUUUGGUCAUUCGGAUGGUAAUUCCUCGACAGCAGUAACAACAGCAGCAACAACAACAACAACAGCAGCAGCACCACCAUUACUAACAACAUCUGCACAGCAAGCAUCAAAAUCUGGAACAUCGAAACCAUCCGAGCGUCACAAGUAA